AUGGAUCAAGUUCAGGCAAAAGCUUUGGCAGCGAUACAGCCUGUCAUCUACCAAAUCACGACCAGCAAGAAUGCCACACCACGCUUCGUCGCCGAGUUGAUCAAGGGCGUCAUCUCUGACCGCGGAGCAUAUAUAUUCACAGAGUUGCUUCAACUGCCCACUGUACAAGCCCUGAGGGGCACAGAAUUUGAGCCCUGGUUGACACUGUUGGAGAUAUUCAGCUGGGGCACGUACCAGGAAUACAAAGCCAACCCGUUGCUUCCCCAGUUAGACGUCCACCAAACACUCAAACUCCGCCAACUCACCCUCCUCACGCUCGCCUCCCCCUUCUCACCACCGACGCCAAAUAACACCACCACCAACAAUAACCUAACUUACGCCGCCCUCUUGUCCCGCCUCCAGCUCAGCAGCCCCGAAGAGCUAGAGAGCCUGAUAACCGCCUCCAUCGACUGCAACCUCCUCACCGCCCGCCUCUACCCUACCUCGUCCCCAUCAGCCGUUCACAUCAUCUCGGUCGCCCCUCUCCGCGAUCUCCGCCCACAAUCUCUCACGACUCUCCUCCAAAUCCUGCAGACAUGGGAAUCACGCUGCGUCUCUGUGGUCUCCGACCUCGAGGCCCAGAUCGCUACGAUACGCAAUACCGCCCAACAACGUGCGUUGAAGGAGAAGAAACGCCAGGAUCUUGUUGACUCACUAGUCCUGAGCACUGACAGGCCCUCAAAUGACAACGGCGUUUCUGAAGGACGAGCAAUCAGGGCACCUGGACAGAAGUUGGGCAGCAAGCGGGACUUGGACCAGCAUAUCGAGGGAGAAGACGAUGACUACGAGGAGGAAUACGAGGGAAUGGAUCUAGAUGAGGGGAUAAGUGAAAGUGCUGGGUUCCCUGGUGGUGGAAGCGGCAGUGGAGGUCGAGGAGGAGGGUUGUCGCGGGGCGCAAAGAGGAAUCGCGGACGGGGGUCAAAAUGA